CUCAGUGUGUGAACUUUGAAUGACUAACCGGUAGUAGCGGCCCAAAUCUCGUAACAAAUGGCGGAAAGCGCUCUAGAUUCGCCACAGCCCUCCACAUCGGCGACAAAAUACCCCUGUCCCGUGUGCAACAAGUGGGUUCCCGACACACAAAUCAACGAACAUAUUGACCAAUGCCUGAAAGACCCCAACUGCGAAGAUCCCGGCGAUUUGCCAAUCGUCAUACCCAGUUCACCACAGGAAGCGUCCUCCAGCAUCACAUCAAGCGAAACAAAGGAACCGAAGCGUACGUUCAGUAUUUUCGAGCGAAACAAAGCCUCUGGAUCGGCUUCGAAACGGGCACGACGGGAGUCACCAGAGAAGAAUGAAGCUAAUCCCACAAUAGAGCAGUUGGAACAGGACAUUAUUAGUAUUGAAACGGAAGGAGAAGAGGAGGAAGAGCAUCCAAAACCUAGCACCAGCAAGCAACAGGCCAAACAAGAUGAUUCCCAAAAUGCUGCUAGCUUACCGGUGGAGUCGAGUGUGCCACUGGCGGAACGGGUACGGCCAACGCGGAUCGAGGAUUACAUUGGUCAGGACCAGGUAAUGGGACGCAACACGAUGCUUCGUCGGCUUUUCGACAACGGUACCAUUCCAAGCAUGAUCCUGUGGGGUCCACCGGGUUGUGGCAAGACGACCCUAGCGCACAUCAUCGCCAACCACUGCAAGCAAAAUGUCGACAGUCUUCGCUUCGUGAAGCUAUCGGCCACGAUGGUAGGCGUCGCCGAGGUGAAAGACGUGAUAAAAGUCGCCAAAAACGAUGCUAAGUUCAAACGGCGAACGAUUUUGUUUAUGGACGAAAUUCAUCGAUUUAACAAGGCGCAACAGGAUCAGUUCCUUCCGCACGUUGAAUCGGGCACGAUUACACUGAUCGGAGCGACGACUGAAAACCCCUCAUUCAGUUUGAAUUCGGCGUUGCUCAGCCGGUGUCGGGUGAUCGUGCUUGAAAAGCACUCGGUCGAGAGCAUGAUGCGUAUUUUGGAGCGUGCCUUACCCCAAUACGGGGCCAUAAUGGUCAAGGACAAUAACAACGAGAACGACCAACUGCCUGAUUUAAGCCAUUUGUCUUUCGUGCCUCGGCUCAUACUAAAGGAAGAUAUCAUCCGCUGGCUGGCGGAGACCAGUGACGGUGACGCCCGAAUCGGGCUUAACGGCCUACAGCUGGCCCUGCGAUCGUUUCAGCUCGAUCUUGGAGUGUCGGAAGAGACGAGCCCACAAAUACUGUCCCUGGAGGAUGUCCGCGAUGGCAUCAAGAAAUCUCAUCUACUCUACGAUCGCAAUGGCGAUCAGCACUAUGACAUAAUCUCGGCCUUGCACAAAUCCAUCCGUGCUUCGGACGAUAACGCUGCCUUAUACUGGGCAACGCGCAUGAUCGCUUCCGGUGAAGACCCACGCUACAUUUGCCGUCGCAUGAUCCGGAUGGCAAGCGAAGACAUUGGCAUCGCUGAUACAAACGCCCUCCAGGUAGCUACCAGCACGCUGACUGCCGUGCAGUCGAUCGGGAUGCCGGAAGCGGACGUUAUCAUCGCGCACUGUGCUGUCUAUCUGGCACGGGCACCAAAAAGCCGGGAAGUGUACGAAGCGUAUAAACGCUGCCGUGCGUCCAUCGACCAGUGGAAAGGGCCGAUGCCAAGUGUUCCCAUGCACCUGCGGAACGCGCCCACUAAGCUGAUGAAGGAUCUCAAUUACGGGGCCGGGUACAACUUGCUGCACAAGAACGAAUCUGGCUUGACUUACUUGCCGAAAGAAUUGGAAGAGGAAAACUACUUCUCUGAUUGAGAAUGUUAACACAUUGUUGCCGAUGCACGAGGCUUUUCAUACAAAUGAAUUUAUUUUCUUUUUUGGCAUAGCCAUUAACAAACGCAAAUAUAUAUUUGACAUAAACUCUA